GGGAAACCGAGCGGGGGCGACGUGGGCGCACGGCGCGCGCAACCAAACCCGGAGACGGCACUUUACUUGCUCAGGCACUCACCGUGCGUGCGUAUGGAGCGGGACGUUGCCGCGCCCUGCGCCACCACUUGCUGUGAACGCCCCGCGUGCCACGCGAUCGCCGCAAAAUAUCAGCCCGGCCACGCAGGAUUCAUUCACCUGCCGUGCUGAGCCGCUGGUAGACCAGUCGGUUUCUCUGCUGCAUCACUCCGGCGCGCGCGCGCGCCUUCAGUCCCUGCGCUGCCCGCGCGAGUGCGUCCGCCGGCAACUGGGCGCGCCGCGCAGGAGCCGCAGCAUGUCGCUUGAUCUCCUCUCUGGCAGGUUCUCGUUCUCGUACUGCGCCGCGGCGAAGCCCCCGAGCAAGAAGAGGAUUGCUUUUGUUGCCGCUGCUGGCGCCUCGCCGUCGCCGCCGCCGGCACGCUCACAUGAAGUCUCGUCUUUCCGGCGAAGGCGCGUGCGAGCCGUGCCGUCGGUUCCCAGCAAACAGGCGUCCCGGCCUGCCGUCAGCGGCAGCAGCGGCACGGCGAAGCGGCGGAGGCGGAGGAGGAAGGUGGAGGAAGAGAAAGGAGGAGGAGGAGGCAGCGGCGAGUGCGUGCCGUCGACGGUGGAGGCAUCCAUAAGCGUGGGGACGCUGUACCAGAAUGGCGACCCUCUGGGGCGGAAGGAGCUCGGGCGGUGCGUGGUGGAGUGGCUGCGGCAGGGCAUGCGGUCCAUGGCGUCCAAGUUCGCCUCAGCCGAGCUGGAGGGCGACCUCGCCGCGGCGGCAUUGGCUCUGGAGUGGGGGUCGGCGGAGGGCAGGCUCGGGUUCGUGAUCCAGGCGCAGCCGUACCUCUCGGCCAUCCCCAUGCCGCAGGGUCUGGAGGCGCUCUGCCUCAAGGCCUGCACGCACCACCCCACCCUGUUCGACCAUUUCCAGCGCGAGCUCCGUGAUGUUCUGCUCAGUUGCCAGAACCAGGGGCUCAUCUUCGACUGGCGAUCAACGCAGUCAUGGAGGAUUUUGAAGGAAAUGGCCAAUUCUUCUCAGCACCGGGCUGUCGUGCGUGGGACAUCACCACGGCCUAAAGCCAAAGCCGUGCACAGCAGCAUUGGUGUAAGCCUUAAGAAGGUGAAGCUGAUGCAGGACAGAAUUGAAGAAUUUGUUAGGCAUAUGUCGGAUCUUCUUCGCAUCGAGCGAGACGUGGAGCUGGAGUUUACGCAGGAGGAGCUGAAUGCCACUCCCAUGCUUGAUGAUGAUUCUGAGCCGCCCAAGCCGGUUGAGUACCUAGUUAGCCAUGGUCAGGCUCAGCAGGAGCAGUGCGACACCAUUUGCAACUUGACUGUGAUCAGCAGCUCAACUGGAUUAGGAGGCCUACAUUUGGUCCUAUUCAGAGUUGAAGGUGGUCAUAAGCUGCCUCCAACCACAUUAUCUCCUGGGGACAUGGUUUGUGUGAGAACUUGUAAUAGCCGUGGUGAGGGAGCCACUUCUUGCAAGCAAGGAUUUGUUUAUAAUCUUGGGGAAGAUGGUUGCAGCAUUACCGUUGCUCUGGAGUCACGCCAUGGUGAUGCUACCUUCUCCAUGCUUUUCGGGAAAAGCGUGCGCAUUGACCGAAUUCAGGGAUUGGCUGAUGCUCUUACAUAUGAGCGCAAUCUUGAAGCGUUAAUGCUUCUUCAUGGGAAUGGCUUACAGAAAGAUAAUGCUUCCAUUGGAGUGGUAGCAACACUGUUUGGGGACAGCAAAGAUGUUGUGAAGAUGGCGGGGAAUAACCUGACUGACUGGGAUGAAUCGAGUGGACCUGAUCUGAGGCUAUCAGAGAGGUAUGCAUAUGAUGCCUCCCAGUUAAGGGCCCUUAAAUUAGGCUUGAACAAAAAGAGGCCCGUUCUAAUCAUCCAAGGGCCUCCUGGCACGGGCAAGACAGUCUUGCUCACUGAGCUCAUUGUACAUGCUGUGCAGCAGGGUGAGCGUGUACUUGUGACAGCUCCAAGCAAUGCGGCAGUCGAUAACAUGGUUGAAAGGUUGUCAAGUACUGGCCUGAACAUUGUACGAGUUGGAAACCCUGUUCGGCUAUCACCCUCUGUUGCUUCAAAAUCCUUGGGGGAAAUUGUGAAUGGCAGGCUUAGACAAUUCAGGAAAGAGCUUGAGAGAAAGAGAACAGACUUAAGAAAGGACCUGAGGCAUUGCAUAGAGGAUGAUUCUUUAGCCGCCGGCAUUCGCCAAUUGCUGAAGCAACUCGGUAGGGAUCUGGAAAAGAAAGAAAAGGAAACAAUCAGGGAAGUGCUCUCCGAUGCACAGGUUGUACUAUCCACUAACACAGGGGCAGCUGAUCCACUUAUCAGGAGAACUGGUUGCUUUGACUUGGUAAUUAUAGAUGAAGCAGGGCAAGCAAUUGAGCCAUCCUGCUGGAUACCUAUAUUACAGGGAAAACGCUGUAUUCUUGCUGGUGAUCAUUGCCAGCUUGCACCUGUUAUAUUGUCGAGGAAGGCCUUGGAUGGUGGGCUUGGCAUAUCUUUAUUGGAAAGGGCUUCACCGUUGCAUGAUGACUUACUGACUACAAGACUGACAGUCCAGUACAGAAUGCAUGAUUCAAUAGCCAUGUGGGCAUCUAACGAGAUGUACCAUGGGUUGCUUAAAUCCUCUCGUUCGGUCGCUUCACAUCUUCUUGCUGACUCUCCAGUUGUCAAGGCUACUUGGAUAACACGUUGCCCACUGCUCUUACUUGAUACUCGGAUGCCAUAUGGAGCCCUAAACAUUGGUUGCAAGGAGCAUUUAGACCCUGCUGGCACAGGUUCAUUUUAUAAUGAAGGAGAAGCAGAUAUAGUCACACAGCAUGUUCUUAAUCUUGUCCAUUGUGGAGUGUCUCCAACUGCAAUAGUUGUUCAGUCUCCCUACAUUGCUCAAGUGCAACUGUUAAGAGAUAAGCUAGAAGAAUAUCCAGGGCUUUCUGCUGUUGAGGUUUCAACCAUAGAUAGCUUUCAGGGGAGGGAGGUGGAUGCAGUGGUCAUAUCGAUGGUUCGCUCAAAUCCACUGGGAGCUGUGGGGUUCUUGGGUGACAGCAGACGCAUCAAUGUGGCUAUCACAAGGGCACGCAAGCAUGUCACUGUGGUUUGUGAUACCUCUACCAUUUGUCACAGCACCUUCCUGGCCAGGCUCCACCGCCAUAUCAGGCGGUAUGGGCAAGUGAAACACGUUGCCCCUGGUUCCUUGGAUGGGGUUUCUGGCCUUGGCUUCAAUCAACCUACUCUCCCCUCUAUCAGCUAACACUAAUGACAAAUUACUGCCUUUAUGACAAGCAUUUCGUCUGAGCGUGUACAUAUGCAAUGAGCUGAAGGCUUUGUACGUACACAAGGAGUUCAAAGCUGAGAAAUCAAAUGGCCCGUUCUAUAUCUAUCCGUGAAGAGGUUGCAAACAGUGAUUCACGGAUAGAGAUCCAAGAGCUUCGCAAGGUGUGGCUGCCAUGAUGCAUGGGCAAUAUGUUGUUGAACUUAACCAAGGCGAGUUCUUGCAUUUUUGAAUUGAUGAACAGGAGGAUUGAUUCCGCAAGAGGAAGACGUCAGCUUCCACCUUCCUGGGCAUCUCUAACCUGUUGCUUGCCUGACACGAUGCCCAUGUUCAUGUAAAUGCUGUAUAGUUGACACGGAUAUGGUAUACGCAAUACAGAUUACAGACAUGUAUAGUAAAUUGUAUAAAUUGACAAUUCACAAUUGAGUUGGAACAAAGAAAUUGUGUUUUUUCGUUUGGAA